UUUUUUUAAGAGCGAAAUUACUUCAUGAUGCUUGGAACUUAGCAUAUGCUGGAGACUUAAACUUUGAAACUGCAUUAAAUAUGACCCUGUUUAUUAAAACGGAACGCAAUCAUAUUGUUUGGAAUCCAGUAUUUACAUUUAUUGACCAAAUUGGACGCCGUAUCGAAAUGUCUUCAGUUUAUAAAAAGUUUGAGUUAUAUGUUAUUGCUCUCUUGGCUCCUAUAUAUGAAAGUUUGGGUACCCCAAAACAUAAUGAAGUCAUGUGGAAAACAGACUUUCGAAAAUUAUGCAAGACAUUUCUGUGCCGUGCAGGCUAUUUGCCUUGUAUUAAUACAGCACGAAAGAGCUUUGAAUUGUGGAUUAACAGUUCUAAUCCAAAUUUUGAAAAUCCCGUACCUAGUGAAGACAUCUGCCCAGUAUUUAAAUUGGGUUCUAUGAAUGAAUGGAUGUUUGGACUGGAACGCAUAAGACAAUUUCCCAAGCUUCGGCCCCAAAGUGAUCGAACCUAUUUGUUAAAAAUGCUGGCUCGGUGUCCAGUUCAACAUGAAAAGAUUCUUUAUUUGCUUAAGAUGACAAUUCUUAGUAACAAUUCUAUAUUCACCGAAACUGACCAGAUUUUAAUUAUUAAUGCAGUCGCAUCUGGAUUUGUUGGAUACACAACACUAUUAAACAUUGUUUCUGAUAAUUGGAUAUACAUACGUCAGAAGUAUCAAAACAACUCAAAUUUUUGGAACAAACUCAUAAGCUCUGCGACUGGAAUGUUUUCUACUCAAGAUGGUUACGAGAUGGUUAAAUCUUUUUACAACCAACAUAUUGGAGAAUUCGGCACUGCUCAACACAUAAUUGAGAAGUCAAUUCGAAACAUUAAGGUGGAAGUUGUUUGGAGUGAGCAGAAUUUGCCAAUUAUUGAAAAGUGGAUAGAAAAAUUUUUAUCUAAACAGAAUCAAUAGAUCUUAAUUGAAAGCUUGUAUGGUUGAAUUAGAUAUGCGAAAAUAAAAACAUAAUUU